AUGGCCCGACAAGUCGCAACUCAAGCUUCCCGCUUAGCUUCACGAGCCAUCCGCUCCUCAACACCCGUUUGCCGUUCGAGCUUCCGAGUCGCAUCUACGGCCCAUGUAUCACGUCUAGCAACUUCCCCGACUCUUUCGCAACGCUACUUCUCGACUACGAUAUCCAGCAAGCGAGGUAUCAUGCCCGAUACUGAACAUCCUGCCAAACCCUUGAACGAAACCGAAGAGGUCCAGCCCACCCCUGCCGUCGCCAAGAUCACCGAACAAGAGUACCAUGAGCUUGCAGACGAGUAUCUCGAGAAUGUUGUGAAUAGAUUUGAGGAGCUCCAGGACCAGCGGGAAGACAUCGAUGUCGAGUACGCGGCCGGUGUUCUCACAAUCAACUGGCCCGACAAGGGUACGUACGUCAUAAAUAAGCAGCCCCCCAACAAGCAGAUCUGGUUGUCAUCACCCAUCUCAGGCCCCAAGCGAUACGACUGGUGCCUCUUUGGCGAGAGCCAGAACCAGAAGGAGGGCACUGCCGUUGGCGACUGGAUCUAUAACAGAGAUAGUUCUAGCAUGAACCAGGUCUUUUCUGAGGAGCUUGGUGUCGACAUCGUUGUUCCAGGUGAGGAGUAG